AUGUCAUUCAAAUCAGCAACCCUUAAAUGGAUUCCUACAUUAAGACAUGUGGAAGAUUUCCCAGAAGAAAAGGUGAUUGAAGAUGUCAAAUUAUUGGAAUUAUCAAAUCAUAACCAUUCAGACUCUAAAAAUGACAUUGAAGCAUCCACUCUAUCCAUAGACUCUUUAAAUAACAAACAAGACGUUAAAUUAAUUGAAUAUAGAGAUGAAGCUAAUAGACAUUGGUGGAGUUUUUUCAAUGAAUAUGAAUAUAGAAUCAAUUCUUAUGAAGCUAAAAAACAUAAAUGGUGGUAUAUGUUUGACGAAGGAACCACAAAAGCUGAAAAGAAACUGGUUUGGAAAUUAUAUCUUCUUGUUGGAUUUUAUUCUUUUUUAGUUUAUUGGGUUAAAUCUUUAGAUUCGUCAAAUAUUUCAAAUGCUUAUGUUUCAAAUAUGAAGGAAGAUUUGAAUUUUCAAGGUAAUGAUUAUAUCAAUACUGUUACGUGUUUCAAUGUUGCUUCAGUUGUUUUUCAAAUCCCAGCUAUGUAUUUGUUUCCAAGAUUCCCAUUACAUGUUUACCUUCCACUUAUUGAUUUAUUUUGGGGUACAUUCACUUUAGUUUGCUUUAAAGCUACCACAGUUUCUCAGGUACAAGUGUUUAGAUUUUUUGUUGGAAUGGGAGAUAUUCACAUAUCCAAAAAAAUUAUUAUGAUUAUUAUCGUACUGACUUUUGAAAAUUUAGCUUCAUUUUAUCCUUGUGCACAUUAUAUUUUUGGAUCUUGGUUUAAACAUGCAGAACUUUCAACACUAUGUAUUUUAUAUUAUAGUGGUCAAUUUGUUGGUACAACUUCAAGUGGAUUGUUUCAAGCAGCCAUUUUUAGAAACUUAAACGGAGUUGCAGGUCUGGCAGGUUGGAGAUGGAUGUUUUUAAUUGAUGGUUUGAUUUCUUUCCCAUUAGCAAUAAUUGGAUUCUUCUGUGUUCCAGGUACUCCUUAUAAAUGUUAUUCAAUAUGGCUGACAGAUGAUGAAAUUAGAUUAGCAAGAAGAAGACUAAAAUUGGCAAAUAUAACACCACCAUCUGCAAACCCUCCAAAUUUCCUUGACAAGGCUGUAUGGAAGAAAGUUUUAAGUACUUGGAAAGUUUAUGUUUUAACUUUAUUGAGUAUCGGGUGUUGGAACAAUUCAACUACUGCAGGAUCAGGUUAUAUUCUAUGGUUGAAAUCUUUAAAACGUUAUUCCAUCCCAGAGGUUAAUGAUUUAUCAAUUAUUGCUCCGUUGAUUGGUAUGUUAUUGUUGAUUAUAUGUUGUCGAGGUGCCGAUGCAUUUAGAUCAAGAUCAGGUGCAAUUAUUUGCUUUUCAAUUAUAAACUUUAUCUCUACUCUAAUCUUACUGAUUUGGGAUGUCCCCGAGGCUGCCAAAUGGUUUGGGUUUUCUAUUUUAUAUUCUGGUUGGGCUUCAGCUUCAGUUAUUUAUAGUUGGUGUAAUGAUAUAUUAAGAAAAGACCCACAGGAAAGAGCAAUUUCAUUUAUUUUGCUAUAUUCUUUCUCACAAUCAACCUCUAUUUGGGUCACAAAAUUAGCAUGGCCUACAGUUGAUGCUCCAAGAUAUACUGUUGGGUAUGGUGUUACUUUGGGAUUUGUGUUCUUCUUGAUGUUAACAACAUUUAUCACUCUAUACUAUUACAAAAGAGAAGAACGAAAAGCUGCAAGAGAAAACGGUAUUGUGCUGUACAAUUCCAAGACAGGUGAUAUUCCUGAUGAAGUGCAACGCUAUUUGAACUCAAAAGCUGAGAUUAAUUGA